ACGCAUCAACUUCCAAAACAGUAAAGGUUUAUUCAACGCUUAAUCCACUAUGGCUGAGGGAACUUAUGAAUUUGAAUGCAUGAGGGCCGAAUUGUUGGGCAUUGAAAAACCCAAUCAAGAAGAAUUUGAAAAGGCACGAGCAGAACGUUUACAAAAGGAACAAGAAGAACAAUUAGCGGCAGAGGCACAGGCCCUUGAGGAACAAGAUGAAACUAUGCAAAGUGCUAACAGUAAACUUGAUGAAUUGAAUAGCAUUCUAUCGUCCACACAACAGAAAAUCUUCCGUUUUAAACAAAGUGCUGCGGGUAGUCUUUCCAAUAUAUUUGGACGUUCCGGCUCCGUAGACAUUGAGGCUUCCUCAUCGAACACUUCAUCGGCCGGGACCAGUAGACGCAACACCACGGCAAAUGCCACAAAUCUUAAUGAAGCCGCCAAAGUUUUGGAUGAAAUGAAACACAAAGAAGGCGAACCCGUCAUACCAACAGAGAAGAUACGACAAGCCAAGUUGGAUAUUAACAAGAAGAUGACCUCACAUUUGGAUCGUUUGGAUGAUAUGAUUAAUAAGGCAGAUACCGCUGAAAUUGCCAUGGCCGAACAGACCAAGCAAAUGCGUAAAUUAGCCAAGUAAAGGCCCAAAGAGAAGCCGUGUGACGGCACAUUAAGUCAUG